AUGAAGAUGGAAGGGACGAAAAGAGAAGACUUCUACGCCCUUGCGACCAAGGGAGAGGGGGCCAAAGGUGAAGUCAAAGGCGAGACGAAAGGCGAAAUCAAAGGCGAAGGUGUGAAAGGAGAGUCGAAGCGAGAAAGGUCGAGAAGCAAAAAGAAAAAGAAGAAGGACAAGGUCAAGAAGGAGAAAGCCGAUGGAGAUGAAAAGAAGAAGGAUAAGAAGAGGAAGAAGUCUGAGUCUCCUGGAGGUACACGGAAGCGAAAGUCCAAGUGGGGUCCCGAUACCGGUGGCUUCUCCAUGUCUGCCAUGCCUGGUGGACGCUCGGGACUUCUGCCAGCUGCAGAAGCAGACGAAUUGAUGCCCAGAUUCUCCGAUGAGGAGAUGGUCCAACGAUCACUGGUGCUGGAAAACCUGUCCUUAAGCUGCACCGGUCAGGAGCUCAUUGAGUUCUUCAAUGGUGCCAUCUUGGCCGUCACGGGUAAUGCCGUGCAUCAGGCCAUCGCCAUCCCGUGCAUCGAUGAUCGUGGUCGCGACCUGGUUCGACGGGAGAAUGGAUAUUUCCUGGAUAGGAAGACGGCGGAGUUGAAGUUCCGCACGCCGGACGGUGCCUCCGUGGGCAUGAAGCUCAAUGGCAUCGAGUACAAAGGCCACAAGGUCACUGUGAAGAGACCCGAUGCCUUUACGAAGCCAUCGGACGGUCAGGAUCCUUCUGUAAAGAUCAACCUGCAUGAAAUGUCGAUGGCCAAGAUGAUUGGUGGUGCCACCGACUCAAGGGGCAUGCCCAUGCCGCAGGGCCCUUCUCCAAAGCUGUCCAUCUUCAACCUGCCUGAUGCCAUGACAGAGCAAAUUUGCAGAGAUUUGCUCAGUCAGUUUGGAAAGCUCAGGAUGUUGAGUCUCAUUCGAGACUUGGGCACCGGGAAGAUCAAAGGCUACGGAAUCUUUGAGUACGACAAUCCCAAUGACGUGGACUUAGCGAUUGUGGCGCUCAACGGUUUUGUUUGCGGUCAGAACGUCAUUCGAGUACAGAAACUAGGCCAGCAGUCCACGACCACCACCACGAAGCCGCAGCCGGUGGCGGCCACGGCGAUGCCCAACUCGAUGACGCAAAAGAUCGUCAAGAAUCCUGUUUUGGCCAUGCAAGUGAAGCAGGGCAGAGAGGUGGGUUCCCGGCCGAGCACAGUGGUACAGCUCAUGAACGCUGUCUACCAAGAGGACGUCAUGGAUGAUCAGGACUAUGACGACAUCACCUCGGAGGUCCAUGCUGAGGCGUCGAAGCAUGGCAACGUCAUGAGGGUCGUCAUCCCCAAACCUGCCAAGGACGGCACCUACGUGGAUGGCGUGGGCAAAAUCUUUGUCGCGUUUUCGGACCUGACGGCCGCGCGGAAGUUCCAGAUGGACGCCAAUGGCCGCAAGUUCGAGAAUCGGGUGGUUUGUGCUGCCUUUUAUCCUGUGGAGAAGUUCAAUGAAGGGAAGUUCAAGCUGUGGUUCACCGCCGUGGGUACGGUGGUGGCGGACGCCGACGCCGCCUUCCCCUUCCUGGACGACGGCUACUGUGCCUCGAGCCAUGCGGAAGCCUUUGACGGUUCGAUCGACAUUGCUUCCAUGGACUGCGCCGAGAUCAUGGAGUUUGUGUACAUCUCCAGGUGGAAGCUUUGGCAGCAGUUGGACCAAGAGUUGGCGGAGGUGAACCAAAGUUCGGUCGCUGCAUCCUCUCUGAAGAUCUUGCGUCGUAGUUCAAAAGCUUCCUCUUUGGCCUCUGCACAUGUGCACAUUAUCACGGCGGUGGCCUCGCAGCGGUCCGAGUGCUUCUCCGAGCAUGUGCGACUGCUGCUGACGGUGAGCCUGCGACGGAUGAAGACCCUGUGCACGCAGCAAGUGAAACAGCUGUGGUUCGCCAGCCAGGAUGGCUUUACACAUGAGUCCGACCAUCAGAUGCGACUGAAGAGUUGGCUCUCGGAGGCCACGGGGCUCUUGGAGGCCGAUCUCCGGACCUUGAAGACGGUGCUGCAGACCUGGACGGCGCCCAGCUUGGCGGAGAGCCGCUUCUACUCCCAUGAGGCCGAUGGAAGAUAUAGCACCAUGGAAGCCUUGCGCCGUGACACCUUUGAGGAGCAGCGACACCGUCCAGUGAUGGAGGAAGAGUAUCAGCUCGACAAAGGUUUGCUGCAGGGAAUGCUACGGAUGCUCCCCUUGGAUGCCGUGGUGGCAGACUUUGGAGCUGGCUCCGGUCAAUAUUCCAAGUGGCUUAAUGACACAGGUCUCGUGACGGCGCUGGCCUUCGACGGCUCUCCGGACAUCCAUUUGGUGACGAAGGGCGCGGUGGCGCUGGCCGAUCUGGGCCACCCGGAUGGUGAUCGAACGGACACGCGAGGACAGCCUUUGAGCUUGUGGAGAAGGUUCGACUGGUCCUUGUGUAUCGAGGUGGCGGAACAUUUGCCUACGAAGCUCACCCCGACCUUUCUGGCCAAUUUAGAUAAGCACACGGAGCAGGGCUUGAUCAUCACCUGGGCACGUCCGGGUUUGCAGGGCCUGGGCACUGCCAAUCCGUUGACUCAGGAUCAAGCUUUGGAGCUCAUCCGAGAGCAUACAGGGCUCAGCCACCUGGACCAGGACCUCCGGCUCCUGGUCAUGGUGGCGAGCCCAGAGUUUCACCACUCAUGUGCGACCCGGUUCCGCCGGGGCGGCGAAGGGGCACCCGGUGGAUGUGGGGACGGUGGACCCGGAUGGGCGGAAGGCUGGAUCUAUGCGGGGAACGAUGUACAGAUGUUUACGGCUGUGAAGUCCGCAUCUGCCUGCUGCGAGCUUUGCAACAGCAAUGAGAACUGCCGCUUUUGGACUUGGUCCCGGGAAGAGAGCCACAAGGCCCACCUGCGCGUAGAGUGGUCGAUGCUGAAAGUCUGUGCGAGAGACAACUUGGUGAAGGCUACGCGUGAGUACCGUAUCAGCCAUGCUGGAUUUAUCUCUGGCACUCGUGACAGUGAUGCGGCCCUGGCGAACCUGGUCAGCCUGGUCUCCCCACGGCCGUGGCAGAACGCGUUAGCGUCCCUGAAGAGCUGCUUGGAAGAGGAGAACCAGCGAGGAGUCCUUUGGUCGAUGGGAGUCCACGGUGAGUCCUUCGCCGGCGUCCAGGUGGACCCGGAUUUGGAGGAUUUGGAUUUGGUGAUCUUGAAGCAACAGCCAUGGCAGCAGAUGUGGAAGAAGCAUGUGCAGGAGCUGAACGACGACUUGGUGACCUUCGAAGACAUCCCGAGUCUCCCGAGCUCCGGGGAGACCGCGGAGUCGUUGUUGGAGCAGAUGAUCGAAGGAGACGAAGCUGUGAAGGCCUCCUCUCCGCAGCUCAUCGAGCGCUUCCAAGCCCUUCAGAAGCUCUUGAGCCUCCACGACUCCUUGGCGACCCUCGCCAGGAAAGUGGUUUCAUGCCUGGCCUCUGAAGCACAGUGGCCAUCCUUAGUGGCACUGCUGCGCAAGUGUGGCCACCAGGUCGAGGUCUCCAAUAUCCUAUCCUUGGCGCUGAGCGGCUUCCACUUGCAGGGCGUAUUUUUCCGGAUGAUCGUUGAGGAGGAUGACUGGAAAACGGUUUGCAAUGAGGUGCGAUGGGCAAGAGAGAGUCGUGGCCCGUUGCUGCUGGCACUGGAGGGCAUGGGCCUGCGCCUCUUGGCCUCUCCGGUGCUGGAGGAACCUUGGUCAGUGGCCAACGAUGCGCCUGGAGCGAUGCGCACGCGCAGGAUGCUCCUAGAGUAUUCACAACAGCUGCGGCUUGGAACACCCACAGAUCUGGAGCUGCAGCGUGCGGUGGCCUCCUUACCGAACCCCCGGAGGCUGCUCUCCCUUGAGGUCCCUCUUUCCUUUGCGCUCGCCCGAACCAGUGGGCUGAAGGUGCCCUUGCCCUGCCUUGGCUUGGUCUUUGGCGCUGGCGGGGAGCUUACAAGCCUUCGAUGUGGAAGGCCUCAGGUUUUGCAGACCAAUUCGCUGGCGGAUUUGCUUGACGAGGUGGCCAAAUGCUUCAGCUGCUCUACUCAGCAGUUGAAGUGCCACAGCUCGCGGCAACUCUUCGGCUGUCCAUGCGAGGUGUGGCACCUCCCUGAAGCAGGAGGCAACGACCAAACCCCCGUUUGGGAAUGGCAAAGCAACAACUUUGCAGUCCUCUUCGCAGCCCCUAUGGCGCGCUUCCUCCGAGAGAGCGAGGCGGACGAUCGGAGCGAUCCGUCGGACGCAGAUGAUGUUGACCCCAGGAACAGCAGCCUGACUGGAGUGCCGGGAGCCGGCAUGGCUGCCAGGGCAGAUGGCUUUACUUUUCGUCUUCAAAGCGUCGCACAGCAGCUGGAGCCCGGGCUCUUGCCACACCCAUCGGCGCUGCGCAGCUUGUUGCGUGUGCACCGCUUGCCUGCGCGCUUCGCCGUCGCGCUGGCCGAGAUGCGCUUGGUUGGGGUGCGGCAGUUGCUCAUGAAGAAUCAGGCGCAUGUGGAGGAGCUGGUGGCCGUGGACAUGGUUGGGCGCGCUGCAAAACAUGCCGUCCGCCACAUCCUCACCCGUCGCCAGACGCACCGCGCCUUCGGCGCGGGGUCGAGCUGGGGUGACAUUGGACCGUCGACGAAGGAGGCCCUUCACCGUGCCCCUCUUCAGCGCUUCUGGGCAGUCGACGCCUCGCCCGACGCCAACGCCCCCACCAGCGGCGCGGGGUACGACUGGACGCAGCUCAUCGCCACUGAGGCGCAGCUCCUUCCCUCGGCGGAGGUGAGCAGUGAGGCACCCAUCCCGGCGCUCCCCGGCGCCACCGGACGAGAGAAAUGCGAAGAAGCGGAGGUGGCAGAGCUGGAAGCGCAGCUGAUGAUUUCGGCAUUGCAAGUGCAUCCGGACCUGGCUCCCGAGCAUUUGGUGGCUCUUCGACAAGGAUUACUUCAGGUGGCUUUUUGGGUCCGAUUGGCCUCCGUGGUGCACGAGCUUGCCUUACUGCAGACGAGAGACAAAGAUCCCUCCAGAGCUUCCUCCCUCUCCACCAGCUGCUCUGACCCCGGCCACAUUGCUGCACCACGCAGCCUGCUGGCGCCGCUGGGGCCGCGCUUCUGGGCCGCCUCGCGGCGGAGCCCCUGGGCCUUGGUGCACUCCACGGCGCGCAUGCUGCGGACGGGCACACCCAAAGACGUCAUGACGGCGCGGCUGCGCGUGCACAGCACCAGCCUCAACGUUCCCAUGCGCACGGAGGCCACGGAGGCGACGUGGUCGGGUCCAAUGCGACGCCGUGUGAGCCUCCAGUUCCACGAGAAGGGCGUGAUGAGUUAUGCAGAUGCUCUUUCGGAGCUCCUGCUCUCCAGCGGUGAGAUCAAUGAUGAACACCAGAGUCCACGCGGACCCAGUGCCUCUGCACAGCUGGCCGCCGAGCUCCUCACGCACCGUGAUUUCUCUUUGGGCCGCUCGCGCCUGGGCCUCCUGCAACGUACGCCUCCAGCGCCCAGUGUGGUGGCGGUGGCCACUGCCUUGGCCAAGGGUGCGGCGCUCGCUCCGCGCGGGGGCAAGGCCUAUGUGAUGAUGCACAAAGGGUGGCGAGCGAAAGCCUUGCUCCAACUCGCGCAGUAUCACUUGCUUCCCUGGGAUGAGACCGCCGACGCGCUGGCCGCCGCCUCGAAGAGCCUCAAGGCGGCAGCGCAACUCAUGGGGGAGCUCGGAACCUCAUGCCCCCCAGAGCUCUUCGCGUCAUUCUUCACACUGAGGGGCGUGAUUUGCGAAAGAGAAGGAGAUGUGGAUGCCUGCUAUCUCCACUACUUGCAAGCCUUGGCAACCCUGGACGAUGCCUACGGCGAUCCGCGCAAACCCGGUGGCCGGGGCCAUCCCUUUGCCGCCUUCCUGGUGUGGAAGUUGGGCCUCAUCUCCUACUGCAGGUCUGACACCAAGUGCAUCGUGAAGUUCGGAGACUACUUCCGAUCCCUGGCCCUCUCUUACGAGGAGACGCCUUUCUCAUGGGGUCCCAGGGCCCUGUCCGCAGAGCAGCGGCAGUUGCUGAGUGAAGCGUCCGCCGCCCAACUACUGCGAGUCCUCCAGCCUUCCUCAGAGCUCUUGUGGCCUUGGUGGUGGCGACACGACCCGCUCCACUUCAGCCAGGAGGCUUUCUUGCCGGUGAGGUCCGGCCCGGUGCGUGAAGAGGAGGUGGCACCUGCCAACCACAGUGUCACAGGCGAACGGCAGGACGUCUUCCGUGGCACCGUUUUCGCCUGUGGAGUCAACGAGCUGGGGCAGUUGGGGACUGGAGAAGAUCUGCCCUGGAGCGGGCAACCAGUCCGUGUGGUGGCACUCAAAGAGGUGCGCAUUCGGGAGGUGGCCUGUGGCGAGUCCCACUGCUUGGCCCUUGACUUGGAGGGGCACUUGUACACUUGGGGAUUUGAUGGCUUCAGCCAGGUCGAUGCCCAUUUUGUGGUCUCCCCCAUGAGCUCUCCCCGUGGCCCUCGUGGCGAUGAGAGCCGUGCGGCCAUGGCCGGCUGUCAAAUCGUGCCCAAGCCCAGGCCCAUGCUGCCGACGGUCAGCUUUGCCCGGAUCGCCUGUGGGGCGCAAUUCUCCCUGGCUUUGGACAACAGUGGCGCAGUUUGGUCCUGGGGCCACAGCGAUGGCGGGGUCUUGGGUCUCGGUCCUUCACGUCAACGCGGGCGCCCUGCGCCCGAGCCCACGAAGCUGGCUCUUCCAGGAGGCGAUGUCCAUCGCUGUAGCUGGGUGGCCUGCGGGUCGUAUCAUGCCUUUGCCAUCAGCGAGGGACAACUCUUCAGCUGGGGCCGGACGGAGGGUGGGCAGCUAGGCCUGGAUGAGGCAGUCAUUCAGAAGCACAUCGAGGAGCUACAACUGGAGGACACGUAUGUUUGUCUUCCCCAACGCGUCGAGGGACUUCCCGCUCUCUCUGCUGUCGCGGGUGGAGAUGUCCAUAGCUUGGCGCUGGGCGUGAAAGGAGAGAUCUACUCAUGGGGCUGGGGCGAAUUUGGACAGCUGGGCUUGGGAUUUUCCAGCAGCUCCUUCCAGGUGGGCUUUGGAGGUGCUAGCAGUCGGCGUCCGCAACCGCAGCCAGUGCCGCUGAAGAGCGCAGCGCUGCAGGUGGAGUGCGGCGGCGCCUUCUCUGCUGCGCUGCUGGGGCAGGACGCCAGCGAUGGAGGGCAGCUGCUCAUGUGGGGUGCCAAUGAUGUGGGCCAGUGUGGUCUUCCAGCCAAGCGGCCCAUGGAUCUUCCCUCACCCCAGGAGGUUGGGGGGGAACGUAUUUCGCGUGUGUUUUCUGGUGGGUUGAAAAAGGGCUUAGCCUAA